CUCCGUCCAAGAUUCUGUUCAAUUCUUACAUGCGAGGACAACGUGCGCGCGGUGACCUCUCCAGUCUCCGGGGACGAGGAGUUUCUGGGCUUCUCACCACUACCGGAGAGAGGGAUUUAAAGAGGGAAGUGCGCACGCGGCGGUCACGUGGCUUCCCGGAGGCGCACCGUCGGACCCGGUGCCGAUGCGCGCGCGGAUCCUCCUCUCCAGCCACUUGCUUCCUUCCGAGAGGAACCAGAAAUGUGUGACGGGGAGACGUCCAUCCCGGGGAGGCUGAUCCCCGGAUGUUUGCUCCGGGUUUGAGAGGAGAUCCCUCCGGUGCCACACCGGAAGCUGCGGAGUUCAGCGCGCGGGGGACAAGUCGCUCACGGAUUACCGGGAUUCUUCUUCUUCUUCUCCGGCAAGCCCGACGCGCUCUUGUUUCAUGUCUGAAAAGAGCGCUGCGUUGCCAUGACGAGCGAGGAGGAGGAGGGGCCCGGCGUCGCCACAUCGACGGCGGCGGCAAUCACUUCCUCCUCCCCCCGCAGGCCCUCCGCGCACCGCGAGGAACAGGAGGAGGAAGAGGAGGAAAUAGAGGAGGAAGGGAGGAUCGAGGAGGACGAGGAAGAGGUGGUGGAGUGCGACGGCGACGAUGAGGAGGACGAAGAGGAGGAGGAGGAGGACGGCCACAGCAGCUCCACCAGCGUGUUGGUGGUGCCGUACCCGGAGCUCGCCCCCGUGGUCUUCUUCUGCCUCAAGCAGACCACCUGUCCCCGCAGCUGCUGCAUCCGCAUGGUCUCCAGCCCGUGGUUCGAGCGUGUCAGCAUGAUGGUGAUCCUGCUGAACUGCGUGACUCUGGGGAUGUACCAGCCCUGUGAGAACAUCGACUGCACGUCAGACAGGUGCCAAAUACUGCAGGCCUUUGAUGCUUUCAUCUACAUCUUCUUCGCCAUGGAGAUGGUUAUUAAGAUGGUCGCCCUGGGGAUCUUCGGCCCACACUGUUACCUCGGGGACACGUGGAACCGGCUGGAUUUCUUUAUCGUCAUGGCGGGGAUGGUCGAAUACUCGCUGGACCUCCAGAACGUCAACUUCACCGCCAUCAGGACGGUGAGGGUCCUGCGGCCCCUCAAGGCGAUUAACAGGGUGCCGAGCAUGCGCAUCCUCGUCAACCUGCUGCUGGACACGCUGCCGAUGCUCGGCAACGUCCUCCUCCUCUGCUUCUUCGUCUUCUUCAUCUUCGGCAUCAUCGGCGUGCAGCUGUGGGCGGGGCUUCUGAGGAACCGCUGCUACCCGAAGGACAACUUCACACUCCCCCCAGGCCUCAGCCUGCCGCGGCCCUACUACAUGGCCGACGAGGAUGACGAGCGGCCCUUCAUCUGCUCGCUGCCGGUGGACAACGGCAUCAUGUCCUGCUCCGACGUGCCGGCCCGCCGGGAGGGGGGGCGGACCUGCUGCCUGGACAAGGACGACGCCUCGUACCGCCGCUCGCUGGGCCUGAGCCCAGAGCCCCCGGCCAACGGCAGCGCCAGCGUGGGGGGCCUCUGCGUCAACUGGAACCAGUACUACACGCGGUGCCACACCGGCUACAGCAACCCGCACAAAGGGGCCAUCAACUUCGACAACAUCGCCUACGCCUGGAUCGUCAUCUUCCAGGUGAUCACUCUGGAGGGCUGGGUGGAGAUCAUGUACUACGUGAUGGACGCACACUCCUUCUACAACUUCAUCUACUUCAUCCUCCUCAUCAUCAUCGGUUCCUUCUUCAUGAUCAACCUGUGCCUCGUGGUGAUCGCCACCCAGUUCUCCGAGACCAAGCAGAGGGAGCACCAGCUGAUGCAGGAGCAGCGAGCGCGUUGCACCUCCUCCUCCACCCUGGCCAGCGAGCCGGGCGACUGCUACGAGGCCCUCUUCCAGCUCGUCUGCCACAUCCUGCGCAAGACCCGGCGGCAGGCGGUGGCCCUCUUCAACGCCCUGCGCGGGAAGCCGCGCGGCUUCCGUGGCGUCGGCCGUGGCCGAGGCGGAGGGGGGGCGAGGGAGAGGAAGGCCAACGGGCGGGAAGGACGCGAGAGGAGAGCGGCGCUGAGGCGGGGUCCACCCUGUCCCCACGGUAACAAACCUGGCCACGCCCUCAACGGCGCCAACAGCUGCACGCAGUGCGCCGCGGCCCUGUCGCCUGCCGAGGGGGCGGGGCCGGCUUGCGGCGAGGGAAAAGAGGAGGCGGAGGAGGGGGCGAUGGAGGAGGCGGACAUGGAGGAGGAGAAGGACCGAGGGGGGGCCGGGGCCUUCAGUCCCACCAAGCGGUGCAGGGAGCUGUGGCACGACACAAGGAUGAAGCUGUGGUCCAUCGUGGAGAGCAAGUACUUUAACCGAGGCAUCAUGAUCGCCAUCCUGAUCAACACAAUCAGCAUGGGCAUCGAGCACCACCAGCAGCCGGACGAGCUCACUAAUGUUCUGGAGAUCUGCAACAUCGUCUUCACCAGCAUGUUCUCCCUGGAGAUGAUCCUCAAGCUCACAGCGUUCGGCUCCUUUAGCUACCUGAGGAACCCCUACAAUGUCUUUGAUGGAAUCAUCGUCAUCAUCAGCGUGUGCGAGAUCGUCGGCCAGUCGGACGGCGGUUUGUCCGUCCUGAGGACCUUCAGGCUGCUCAGGGUGCUGAAGCUGGUGAGGUUCAUGCCAGCUUUGAGGAGGCAGCUGGUGGUCCUCAUGAAGACCAUGGACAACGUGGCCACUUUCUGCAUGCUGCUCAUGCUCUUCAUCUUCAUCUUCAGCAUCUUGGGGAUGCACAUCUUUGGCUGCAAGUUCAGCCUGAAGACGGAGACCGGCGACACGGUGCCGGACCGGAAGAACUUUGACUCGCUGCUCUGGGCCAUAGUCACUGUUUUCCAGAUCCUGACCCAGGAGGACUGGAACGCAGUGCUGUACAACGGGAUGGCAGCCACUUCCCCGCUGGCGGCGCUCUACUUCGUGGCCCUCAUGACCUUUGGGAACUACGUCCUCUUCAACCUGCUGGUGGCCAUCCUGGUGGAGGGCUUCCAGGCUGAGGGUGAUGCCAAUCGCUCUUAUUCUGAUGACGACUCCAACUUUGACGAGAGUGAGAAACACGACUCCAUCAAGUUGUCUGACCCAAGGAUCUGCGCGCUGACGCCCAACGGCCACCUGGAGCUGGGCGCCACCUCGGGGCCCAGGAGCUCCUACUCGUCGGGGAGGCGGAGCUUCACCACGGAGUCGCGGCAGAGCAGCGCCAUGAGCCUGGGCCGGAGCAGCCUGGAGAGGCGCUCGCUCUCUCUGCGUCACGCCCGCAGUCCCAACUACCACAACUGGGGGCGCCCUUUGCUCCCGCAGUCCACCUGGCGGCGCAGGUCCUGCUCCAACAGUCUGGGCCGGAGGAGCUACGGCUUCGGUGGAGCUCCUCUGGUGGGGGGCAGCCUCCGCGUGCACGGCACCCGCUCCCCCUACUCCUACCCCCACGCCGCCGAGCAGGAGUCCCUCCUGUCGCAGCCGCCCCCCCACUUCUGUCACGCCGCGCCCCCCCACCGCCCGCCCCCUCCGCCGCCGCUCCUCUCCUCCAGACACUUCCCGCCCAGGAGCGACCGGCGGGCCCUUUCCCUGGAGCACCCGGAGCUGCUGCGGGGGGGCGGCCGCCCCCCGGGCCCGCCCCCGCUCCAGCCGGACCCGGGGAGGAGGAGCGGGUCCGGCGCCGGGGCGUCCGUCGGCGGGGGGUCCAGUUUUGGCACAGACCACCGGGACUGCAACGGCAAGACGCCGGGUCCCCACACCCAGGUGAUGGAGGUCUUCCCUCAGGUCAACGCGCGCAAGGACCGAGCGGACCUGGACGAAGAGACGGAUUAUAGCUGGUGCUUCCGCGUCCACAAGAUGAUGGAGGUGUACAAGCCGGAGUGGUGUGAAUCCAGAGAGCAGUGGUCCGUCUACAUGUUCUCGCCUCAGAACAAGUUCAGACUGCUCUGCCAGUCCAUCAUCGCCCACAAGCUCUUCGACUACGUGGUCCUGGCCUUCAUCUUUCUCAACUGCAUCACGGUGGCUCUGGAGAGGCCCAAGAUCCUGCAAGGCAGUCUGGAAAGGCUCUUCCUCACCGUUUCCAACUACGUCUUCACGGCCAUCUUUGUGACGGAGAUGACCGUCAAGGUGGUGUCCAUGGGCCUCUACCUGGGGGACAAGGCCUACCUGAGGAGCAGCUGGAACAUCCUGGACGGGUUCCUGGUCUUCGUGUCUCUCAUCGACAUCGUGGUGUCCAUGGCCGGCGGGGCGAAGAUCCUCGGCGUCCUCCGAGUCCUCCGGCUGCUCCGGACGCUCCGCCCCCUCAGGGUGAUCAGCAGAGCUCCAGGCCUGAAGCUGGUGGUGGAGACCCUCAUCACGUCCCUCAAGCCCAUCGGCAACAUCGUCCUCAUCUGCUGCGCCUUCUUCAUCAUCUUUGGUAUCCUGGGAGUUCAGCUCUUCAAAGGGAAGUUCUUCUACUGCGCCGGCUUCGAUGUGAAGAACAUCACCAACAAGUCGGACUGCCUGGCUGCCAGCUACCGAUGGGUCCAUCACAAGUACAACUUUGACAACCUGGGACAGGCUCUGAUGUCCCUGUUUGUCCUGGCCUCCAAGGACGGCUGGGUCAACAUCAUGUACCACGGACUGGACGCGGUGGGGAUCGACCAGCAGCCCCUGACCAACAACAGCCCCUGGAUGCUGCUCUACUUCAUCUCCUUCCUCCUCAUCGUCAGCUUCUUCGUCCUCAACAUGUUCGUCGGCGUCGUGGUGGAGAACUUCCACAAGUGUCGGCAGCACCAGGAGGUGGAGGAGGCCAGGCGGCGGGAGGAGAAGCGCCAGCGCCGCAUGGAGAAGAAGAGGAGAAAGGCCCAGAAGCUCCCCUACUACGCCUCCUACGGCCACACCCGGCUGGCCAUCCACACCUUGUGCACCAGCCACUACCUGGACCUGGUCAUCACCUUCAUCAUCUGCAUCAACGUCAUCACCAUGUCCCUGGAGCACUACAGCCAGCCGCGGUCCCUGGAGACGGCUCUGAAGUACUGCAACUACUUCUUCACCUCCACCUUUGUGAUCGAGGCCUCUCUGAAGCUGGUGGCCUUCGGCUUCAGGCGCUUCUUCAAGGACAGGUGGAACCAGUUGGACUUGGCCAUCGUGCUGCUGUCAGUGAUGGGCAUCACGCUGGAGGAGAUUGAGAUCAACGCUUCGCUCCCCAUCAACCCCACCAUCAUCAGGAUCAUGAGGGUGCUCCGGAUAGCACGAGUGCUCAAGCUGUUGAAAAUGGCCACCGGGAUGAGAGCUCUGCUGGACACGGUGGUCCAGGCCCUGCCUCAGGUGGGGAACCUCGGCCUGCUCUUCAUGCUGCUGUUCUUCAUCUACGCCGCUCUGGGAGUGGAGCUCUUCGGAGAGCUGGUGUGCAACGCCGACUACCCCUGCGAGGGGAUGAGCCGACACGCCACCUUCGAGAACUUCGGCAUGGCCUUCCUCACGCUCUUCCAGGUCUCCACCGGCGACAACUGGAACGGCAUCAUGAAGGACACCCUGAGGGAGUGCCCCCCCGGGCACGCCGCCACCGACUACGGCUGCCACGCCGGGCUGCAGUUCAUCUCGCCGCUGUACUUCGUGUCCUUCGUGCUGACGGCUCAGUUCGUCCUGAUCAACGUGGUGGUGGCCGUGCUCAUGAAGCACCUGGACGACUCCAACAAGGAGGCGCAGGAGGACGCCGAGAUGGACGCCGAGAUCGAGCUGGAGCUGGCCCAGGGGGGCCUCUGCUGCCUGAUGGGGGGCGUGGGCGCCGUCGUCGUGGCCGCGGGGGCCGUGGCGGCCGGCGGGCACGGCGUGGGGGCGGCGGCGCCGCCCGGCUCCGGCAGGGCGGGGCCGCCCGGGACGCCCCUCCCGCUACGAGACGGAGGAGGAGGAGGCGGCGUAGCGGCUCGCGAUGGACACGCCCACCGCCGAUGCCGACUCUACUCACCUGCUCAGGAGAGCCAGUGGCUGGACAGUGUGUCUCUGCUGAUUAAGGACUCGUUGGAAGGGGACAUGAUUGACAACCUGUCCGGCUCUGUUUUCCACCACUACAGCUCGCCUCCACCUGUCUGCAGGGACUGUAAGGGCCACCCACGAGAGAUCCAGCUGGCGGAGGUGGAGCAGGCCUCUCUUACCUCGGAGCAGCUGUCCGAUAAGUCGUCGUCUCCGGCGCUGCCCGAUGACCUCAGCCUGGACGAACAGAGCAGCUACCGGCUGCUGAGAGGCAGCGGUGACUCCCACAGCUCGGAGGAGUUGCCCAUCCGGGGGGGCCCCGAUGGGCUUCGCCCCCCCAGCUCAGGAAGCGAGGAGGUGGUCCAGGCGGCCCCGCGGAGCCCGGCGCCGUGCGCAGAUGGAGACGGACGAAGGUGCAGCAAAGGAGGAAUAGGAGGAGGAAACGGCUCUUUGCCCGCCUUCCACCUCCCGGCAGACUUCUUCCACCCGGGGGGCCCCGGCAGCGCCGUGGACGGGGGGCCGUCCCCCCGGCUGCCCCCCCCCGCCUCCUGGGCCUCCCUCCGCUCGCCCGGAGCCAACAGCCGGCCGCUGAGCUCGCAGGUUUAAACACAAACCCACGUUAGCACACACACAAGUUCAUUUCCUUUGGUCAUCACGUGUUAUACAUCAUAUUUUUGUAAAAACACUCCUCUUGUAAAUGCUUUAAAUAGAUGGAGGCUUCAGAAGUCGCUUCCUGCACUUUUUUAUUGUGUGAAAUUAAAUUAACCAUCAUCCGUUUUUCUGCAAACAUCAUUAGGAGGAAAUGAUGCUCUACUCCGACGUUAUUUCCCCCCCCCCAAUCAAAGCUAUGACCUCAUCUUAUUGAGUCCAACAGCUCUUCUUUUAGUUCUUGCUCCCUUGUAACCAUGGAGACGGGUUUUCCCUCUACCUGUUGGUUGGUUCAGCUCUGUGAUGCUCGAUGCUAAUUAGCCUCCCGUCCUCUGAUCUUCUGCGUCUUUCUUCCCUUUUUCCCUCCGUCGGUGCCCCCCCC